GCAAAGAACCUCUUUCUCUCUCCCCCACCCCUGCCAUCCUUAUUCCCUAAGGUUUUUGUAGUACUAGGCUCUCACUCGCAACUUGCAACACUGUAACCUUUCCAUCCCUAAUCUUCAAUCGAGUUUUGAUCCCCCCACCCUCAUUUUCUUUUUCCUUAGCCCUCUUUCUCUUUUGCCCCCUCUCCCAAUCCUAUCCCUGUUCCUAGGUUCUACCAAUCACAUCCUUGCACUGUGAUUUAAGGGUAUAUCCUCUUUAGCUCAGAGGAGAGCCCUGCACUCACUGCCAUAUGUUUAUUAGUUAUGAACUGAAUGGGGGAAGGCUUGACUUCCUGGGUCUUGGGCGUGAAGGAGUCUGGGUGACAGGAAGCAAGCGGCCUGUCAUGUCUAUUGCCUAGCUGCCAGAUUAACCUUGUCUUGAAAAUAGCGUGAUUGCCCCAUAGGCAGUUCAGUGUAAGGAAGACAAAAAUUCUUUGGGAACCUACCUAGUGGGUUUUUCUUCCAGACUUGGUAGACAUAAAAAGCAAAGGGGGAACAUGGGCAAAGGAAGAUUUGAUGAAAAAGAAAAUGUGUCCAACUGCAUCCAGUUGAAAACCUCAGUUAUAAAGGGUAUUAAGAACCAGUUGAUAGAACAAUUUCCAGGUAUUGAACCAUGGCUUAAUCAAAUCAUGCCUAAGAAAGAUCCUGUCAAAAUAGUGCGAUGCCAUGAACAUAUAGAAAUCCUUACAGUAAAUGGAGAAUUACUAUUUUUUAGACAAAGAGAAGGGCCUUUUUAUCCAACCCUAAGGUUACUUCACAAAUAUCCUUUUAUCCUGCCACACCAGCAAGUUGAUAAAGGAGCCAUCAAAUUUGUACUCAGUGGAGCAAAUAUCAUGUGUCCAGGCUUAACUUCUCCUGGAGCUAAACUUUACCCUGCUGUAGUAGAUACAAUUGUUGCAAUCAUGGCAGAAGGAAAACAGCAUGCUCUGUGUGUUGGAGUCAUGAAGAUGUCUGCAGAAGAUAUUGAGAAAGUCAACAAAGGAAUUGGCAUUGAAAAUAUCCAUUAUUUAAAUGAUGGGCUGUGGCAUAUGAAGACAUAUAAAUGAGCCUCAGAAGGAAUGCACUUGGCUAAAUACGGAUAUUGUGUUGUAUCUGUGUUUGUGUCUGUGUGUGACAGCAUGAAGACAAUACCUCUGUGGUUAUGCUGAAUAAAUUCAACAGAUGCUAAAAUUCUGUUAGCUUCAAAAAUUAUUUUAAUUUUUCUUAAAGUCAAGUUAAAAUUGGGUAGUAAACCUGGACAUUAAGAAGUAUCUGAUGGAUACAGACAUUUACAAGACUGUGGUGACCCGUGUUACAGUUAGAAGUUGGUGAGAAAGGUGAGGGAGGUUAGUAAAAAGAGGCCGUUUGGCUGUUGCAGCUUGCCCCCAAGAUACAACAUAGAUGAAGGUUAUUGAUCUGGGCUCUGACCCUCAGACUGAGAAACUUUCCCACUAAUGAAACUUGUAGGACUUGAGGACUCCCACAUUAAAAUGUAAAUGUGUUAGUUUAUAGCGGUACGUCUGCUUAGGGUACACAAUUAGUAAACAAGAAGUUUUCUUUUUUUUUUUUUUUAACAAGAAGUUUCUUGACGUACAUGGAUAAGAGUAAAGGAAGGUUGAAAUUUGGGGGAAUAUUUCAUCUGGGCUGGCAUAAGGCUUAGAGAAUUUUUCCUACUUCAUCAUUAAUUAGAAUGCUUAUGUCUGCCACAAUCUUUCUUUCCUAGCCUGUGGAGGAAUCCUGAUAUUUUACUUCCUAUAUCCUUUUUAAGUUCUAUGUAGAAUAUUUUCCUUCAUCAUGACAGUUAUAAUAUCCACAACUGAGUAUAUUUUUAUAUUUUACUAUUUAUUCCUCAUGGAUAAAAGUGUAAAUAGUUUAUAAAUCAUCUUUCAGGGUGGGUUUCUUCAACAGUCUCAUUUUAUGCUGACUUACUGGUUUCAAAUUCAGAUGUCUCUCCACUUGAGGGAUGAUGCACCCUAUUCGAGGCCUGUAGCACCUUACAUUCUUAAAAAGAGAAUAUCUGAGUCAUUGAUGUCAAAAUCAAACAUUGAACUUAUGUUUUUGGUGCUAAGUUCAUGUUAAUUGACCAAGAUUGCCUCUGGAGUGUUAGCAAUAAAAAAA